AUGUGGGCAGCAAGGGGCGAUGUGGGCAGCAAGGGGCGAUGUGGGCAGCAAGGGGCGAUGUGGGCAGCAAGGGGCGAUGUGGGCAGCAAGGGGCGAUGUGGGCAGCAAGGGGCGAUGUGGGCAGCAAGGGGCGAUGUGGGCAGCAAGGGGCGAUGUGGGCAGCAAGGGGCGAUGUGGGCAGCAAGGGGCGAUGUGGGCAGCAAGGGGCGAUGUGGGCAGCAAGGGGCGAUGUGGGCAGCAAGGGGCGAUGUGGGCAGCAAGGGGCGAUGUGGGCAGCAAGGGGCGAUGUGGGCAGCAAGGGGCGAUGUGGGCAGCAAGGGGCGAUGUGGGCAGCAAGGGGCGAUGUGGGCAGCAAGGGGCGAUGUGGGCAGCAAGGGGCGAUGUGGGCAGCAAGGGGCGAUGUGGGCAGCAAGGGGCGAUGUGGGCAGCAAGGGGCGAUGUGGGCAGCAAGGGGCGAUGUGGGCAGCAAGGGGCGAUGUGGGCAGCAAGGGGCGAUGUGGGCAGCAAGGGGCGAUGUGGGCAGCAAGGGGCGAUGUGGGCAGCAAGGGGCGAUGUGGGCAGCAAGGGGCGAUGUGGGCAGCAAGGGGCGAUGUGGGCAGCAAGGGGCGAUGUGGGCAGCAAGGGGCGAUGUGGGCAGCAAGGGGCGAUGUGGGCAGCAAGGGGCGAUGUGGGCAGCAAGGGGCGAUGUGGGCAGCAAGGGGCGAUGUGGGCAGCAAGGGGCGAUGUGGGCAGCAAGGGGCGAUGUGGGCAGCAAGGGGCGAUGUGGGCAGCAAGGGGCGAUGUGGGCAGCAAGGGGCGAUGUGGGCAGCAAGGGGCGAUGUGGGCAGCAAGGGGCGAUGUGGGCAGCAAGGGGCGAUGUGGGCAGCAAGGGGCGAUGUGGGCAGCAAGGGGCGAUGUGGGCAGCAAGGGGCGAUGUGGGCAGCAAGGGGCGAUGUGGGCAGCAAGGGGCGAUGUGGGCAGCAAGGGGCGAUGUGGGCAGCAAGGGGCGAUGUGGGCAGCAAGGGGCGAUGUGGGCAGCAAGGGGCGAUGUGGGCAGCAAGGGGCGAUGUGGGCAGCAAGGGGCGAUGUGGGCAGCAAGGGGCGAUGUGGGCAGCAAGGGGCGAUGUGGGCAGCAAGGGGCGAUGUGGGCAGCAAGGGGCGAUGUGGGCAGCAAGGGGCGAUGUGGGCAGCAAGGGGCGAUGUGGGCAGCAAGGGGCGAUGUGGGCAGCAAGGGGCGAUGUGGGCAGCAAGGGGCGAUGUGGGCAGCAAGGGGCGAUGUGGGCAGCAAGGGGCGAUGUGGGCAGCAAGGGGCGAUGUGGGCAGCAAGGGGCGAUGUGGGCAGCAAGGGGCGAUGUGGGCAGCAAGGGGCGAUGUGGGCAGCAAGGGGCGAUGUGGGCAGCAAGGGGCGAUGUGGGCAGCAAGGGGCGAUGUGGGCAGCAAGGGGCGAUGUGGGCAGCAAGGGGCGAUGUGGGCAGCAAGGGGCGAUGUGGGCAGCAAGGGGCGAUGUGGGCAGCAAGGGGCGAUGUGGGCAGCAAGGGGCGAUGUGGGCAGCAAGGGGCGAUGUGGGCAGCAAGGGGCGAUGUGGGCAGCAAGGGGCGAUGUGGGCAGCAAGGGGCGAUGUGGGCAGCAAGGGGCGAUGUGGGCAGCAAGGGGCGAUGUGGGCAGCAAGGGGCGAUGUGGGCAGCAAGGGGCGAUGUGGGCAGCAAGGGGCGAUGUGGGCAGCAAGGGGCGAUGUGGGCAGCAAGGGGCGAUGUGGGCAGCAAGGGGCGAUCAAGGGGCGAUGUGGGCAGCAAGGGGCGAUGUGGGCAGCAAGGGGCGAUGUGGGCAGCAAGGGGCGAUGUGGGCAGCAAGGGGCGAUGUGGGCAGCAAGGGGCGAUGUGGGCAGCAAGGGGCGAUGUGGGCAGCAAGGGGCGAUGUGGGCAGCAAGGGGCGAUGUGGGCAGCAAGGGGCGAUGUGGGCAGCAAGGGGCGAUGUGGGCAGCAAGGGGCGAUGUGGGCAGCAAGGGGCGAUGUGGGCAGCAAGGGGCGAUGUGGGCAGCAAGGGGCGAUGUGGGCAGCAAGGGGCGAUGUGGGCAGCAAGGGGCGAUGUGGGCAGCAAGGGGCGAUGUGGGCAGCAAGGGGCGAUGUGGGCAGCAAGGGGCGAUGUGGGCAGCAAGGGGCGAUGUGGGCAGCAAGGGGCGAUGUGGGCAGCAAGGGGCGAUGUGGGCAGCAAGGGGCGAUGUGGGCAGCAAGGGGCGAUGUGGGCAGCAAGGGGCGAUGUGGGCAGCAAGGGGCGAUGUGGGCAGCAAGGGGCGAUGUGGGCAGCAAGGGGCGAUGUGGGCAGCAAGGGGCGAUGUGGGCAGCAAGGGGCGAUGUGGGCAGCAAGGGGCGAUGUGGGCAGCAAGGGGCGAUGUGGGCAGCAAGGGGCGAUGUGGGCAGCAAGGGGCGAUGUGGGCAGCAAGGGGCGAUGUGGGCAGCAAGGGGCGAUGUGGGCAGCAAGGGGCGAUGUGGGCAGCAAGGGGCGAUGUGGGCAGCAAGGGGCGAUGUGGGCAGCAAGGGGCGAUGUGGGCAGCAAGGGGCGAUGUGGGCAGCAAGGGGCGAUGUGGGCAGCAAGGGGCGAUGUGGGCAGCAAGGGGCGAUGUGGGCAGCAAGGGGCGAUGUGGGCAGCAAGGGGCGAUGUGGGCAGCAAGGGGCGAUGUGGGCAGCAAGGGGCGAUGUGGGCAGCAAGGGGCGAUGUGGGCAGCAAGGGGCGAUGUGGGCAGCAAGGGGCGAUGUGGGCAGCAAGGGGCGAUGUGGGCAGCAAGGGGCGAUGUGGGCAGCAAGGGGCGAUGUGGGCAGCAAGGGGCGAUGUGGGCAGCAAGGGGCGAUGUGGGCAGCAAGGGGCGAUGUGGGCAGCAAGGGGCGAUGUGGGCAGCAAGGGGCGAUGUGGGCAGCAAGGGGCGAUGUGGGCAGCAAGGGGCGAUGUGGGCAGCAAGGGGCGAUGUGGGCAGCAAGGGGCGAUGUGGGCAGCAAGGGGCGAUGUGGGCAGCAAGGGGCGAUGUGGGCAGCAAGGGGCGAUGUGGGCAGCAAGGGGCGAUGUGGGCAGCAAGGGGCGAUGUGGGCAGCAAGGGGCGAUGUGGGCAGCAAGGGGCGAUGUGGGCAGCAAGGGGCGAUGUGGGCAGCAAGGGGCGAUGUGGGCAGCAAGGGGCGAUGUGGGCAGCAAGGGGCGAUGUGGGCAGCAAGGGGCGAUGUGGGCAGCAAGGGGCGAUGUGGGCAGCAAGGGGCGAUGUGGGCAGCAAGGGGCGAUGUGGGCAGCAAGGGGGCGAUCAAGGGGCGAUGUGGGCAGCAAGGGGCGAUGUGGGCAGCAAGGGGCGAUGUGGGCAGCAAGGGGCGAUGUGGGCAGCAAGGGGCGAUGUGGGCAGCAAGGGGCGAUGUGGGCAGCAAGGGGCGAUGUGGGCAGCAAGGGGCGAUGUGGGCAGCAAGGGGCGAUGUGGGCAGCAAGGGGCGAUGUGGGCAGCAAGGGGCGAUGUGGGCAGCAAGGGGCGAUCAAGGGGCGAUGUGGGCAGCAAGGGGCGAUGUGGGCAGCAAGGGGCGAUGUGGGCAGCAAGGGGCGAUGUGGGCAGCAAGGGGCGAUGUGGCAGGGCGAUGUGGGCAGCAAGGGGCGAUGUGGGCAGCAAGGGGCGAUGUGGGCAGCAAGGGGCGAUGUGGGCAGCAAGGGGCGAUGUGGGCAGCAAGGGGCGAUGUGGGCAGCAAGGGGCGAUCAAGGGGCGAUGUGGGCAGCAAGGGGCGAUGUGGGCAGCAAGGGGCGAUGUGGGCAGCAAGGGGCGAUGUGGGCAGCAAGGGGCGAUGUGGGCAGCAAGGGGCGAUGUGGGCAGCAAGGGGCGAUGUGGGCAGCAAGGGGCGAUGUGGGCAGCAAGGGGCGAUGUGGGCAGCAAGGGGCGAUGUGGGCAGCAAGGGGCGAUGUGGGCAGCAAGGGGCGAUGUGGGCAGCAAGGGGCGAUGUGGGCAGCAAGGGGCGAUGUGGGCAGCAAGGGGCGAUGUGGGCAGCAAGGGGCGAUGUGGGCAGCAAGGGGCGAUGUGGGCAGCAAGGGGCGAUGUGGGCAGCAAGGGGCGAUGUGGGCAGCAAGGGGCGAUGUGGGCAGCAAGGGGCGAUGUGGGCAGCAAGGGGCGAUGUGGGCAGCAAGGGGCGAUGUGGGCAGCAAGGGGCGAUGUGGGCAGCAAGGGGCGAUGUGGGCAGCAAGGGGCGAUCAAGGGGCGAUGUGGGCAGCAAGGGGCGAUGUGGGCAGCAAGGGGCGAUGUGGGCAGCAAGGGGCGAUGUGGGCAGCAAGGGGCGAUGUGGGCAGCAAGGGGCGAUGUGGGCAGCAAGGGGCGAUGUGGGCAGCAAGGGGCGAUGUGGGCAGCAAGGGGCGAUGUGGGCAGCAAGGGGCGAUGUGGGCAGCAAGGGGCGAUGUGGGCAGCAAGGGGCGAUGUGGGCAGCAAGGGGCGAUGUGGGCAGCAAGGGGCGAUGUGGGCAGCAAGGGGCGAUGUGGGCAGCAAGGGGCGAUGUGGGCAGCAAGGGGCGAUGUGGGCAGCAAGGGGCGAUGUGGGCAGCAAGGGGCGAUGUGGGCAGCAAGGGGCGAUGUGGGCAGCAAGGGGCGAUGUGGGCAGCAAGGGGCGAUGUGGGCAGCAAGGGGCGAUGUGGGCAGCAAGGGGCGAUGUGGGCAGCAAGGGGCGAUGUGGGCAGCAAGGGGCGAUGUGGGCAGCAAGGGGCGAUGUGGGCAGCAAGGGGCGAUGUGGGCAGCAAGGGGCGAUGUGGGCAGCAAGGGGCGAUGUGGGCAGCAAGGGGCGAUGUGGGCAGCAAGGGGGCGAUGUGGGCAGCAAGGGGCGAUGUGGGCAGCAAGGGGCGAUGUGGGCAGCAAGGGGCGAUGUGGGCAGCAAGGGGCGAUGUGGGCAGCAAGGGGCGAUGUGGGCAGCAAGGGGCGAUGUGGGCAGCAAGGGGCGAUGUGGGCAGCAAGGGGCGAUGUGGGCAGCAAGGGGCGAUGUGGGCAGCAAGGGGCGAUGUGGGCAGCAAGGGGCGAUGUGGGCAGCAAGGGGCGAUGUGGGCAGCAAGGGGCGAUGUGGGGCAGCAAGGGGCGAUGUGGGCAGCAAGGGGCGAUGUGGGCAGCAAGGGGCGAUGUGGGCAGCAAGGGGCGAUGUGGGCAGCAAGGGGCGAUGUGGGCAGCAAGGGGCGAUGUGGGCAGCAAGGGGCGAUGUGGGCAGCAAGGGGCGAUGUGGGCAGCAAGGGGCGAUGUGGGCAGCAAGGGGCGAUGUGGGCAGCAAGGGGCGAUGUGGGCAGCAAGGGGCGAUGUGGGCAGCAAGGGGCGAUGUGGGCAGCAAGGGGCGAUGUGGGCAGCGAUGUGGGCAGCAAGGGCGAUGUGGGCAGCAAGGGGCGAUGUGGGCAGCAAGGGGCGAUGUGGGCAGCAAGGGGCGAUGUGGGCAGCAAGGGGCGAUGUGGGCAGCAAGGGGCGAUGUGGGCAGCAAGGGGCGAUGUGGGCAGCAAGGGGCGAUGUGGGCAGCAAGGGCGAUGUGGGCAGCAAGGGGCGAUCAAGGGGCGAUGUGGGCAGCAAGGGGCGAUGUGGGCAGCAAGGGGCGAUGUGGGCAGCAAGGGGCGAUGUGGGCAGCAAGGGGCGAUGUGGGCAGCAAGGGGCGAUGUGGGCAGCAAGGGGCGAUUGGCAGCAAGGGGCGAUGUGGGCAGCAAGGGGCGAUGUGGGCAGCAAGGGGCGAUCGUGGGGCAGCAAGGGGCGAUGUGGGCAGCAAGGGGCGAUGUGGGCAGCAAGGGGCGAUCAAGGGGCGAUGUGGGCAGCAAGGGGCGAUGUGGGCAGCAAGGGGCGAUGUGGCAGCAAGGGGCGAUGUGGGCAGCAAGGGGCGAUGUGGGCAGCAAGGGGCGAUGUGGGCAGCAAGGGGCGAUGUGGGCAGCAAGGGGCGAUGUGGGCAGCAAGGGGCGAUGUGGGCAGCAAGGGGCGAUGUGGGCAGCAAGGGGCGAUGUGGGCAGCAAGGGCGAUGUGGGCAGCAAGGGGCGAUGUGGGCAGCAAGGGGCGAUGUGGGCAGCAAGGGGCGAUGUGGGCAGCAAGGGGCGAUGUGGGCAGCAAGGGGCGAUGUGGGCAGCAAGGGGCGAUGUGGGCAGCAAGGGGCGAUGUGGGCAGCAAGGGCGAUGUGGGCAGCAAGGGGCGAUGUGGGCAGCAAGGGGCGAUGUGGGCAGCAAGGGGCGAUGUGGGCAGCAAGGGGCGAUGUGGGCAGCAAGGGGCGAUGUGGGCAGCAAGGGGCGAUGUGGGCAGCAAGGGGCGAUGAGCCAGGCAGGAAAGAAGACAUGA